GUAGAUAAUUGUAGAUCUGGAACGAUCUGCCCUCGUGGCAGUUAUAAAAGGCACUGGCGCUUCAUACGGAGCUGCAUUUCCAUCCUCUGUGAGAUGUGAAUUCACUCGGAUAGAAUGUUGACAUUCAUUUUUAUCCUGAAACGACUUGGUUCAACAGAGUUCAAUUCAGAAUGCAUUUUGUUCAUCUCGUUGGCCAUGCGAGAUGAUUUUCACAACUGUGAUUGUCUGGACCUUGAUCUGCCAAGAAACACUUCACACAGAUGGCAAGAGAGAACAUGGAGGUUGGAAGGUGCAUGGGCUUUGAUUUCAAUAUCGCUAAAGCGACCAUUUGGAUGUGGCUUCAUGUGUGACAUGUUAUGUUACGUAGUUAGUGUGUGAAUGUAUUAUUAUUAGUGUUUUUGUGUCUGUCAGACAUUGAUGAAGGCUGCAGAAGCUCAUUGUGAGGGCUGAGUGGGGAUGCGGUGUUCCCAGUGUUUGCCAGGAGCAGCUUUCCACCCUCCUGGGGCAGGAAUGCUCCGUUGGCUGUUAGGUUGGCAUUCGCUUCAUGACGUGGGUAGACAGAGAGAGAGAGAGAGAGAGAGGAGGGAAGCACACAACCAACCAUUCAUAGUCACAUUAUCCAUAAAAGAAAAUGGGAAGCUCAAGUGCUUUGCAGACAAGCAAAAUGGCGGCAACGUCAUCCAUCCAGCCGCCGAGCGUGCACUCUUCUCUAGCGCAGGAGAGUGCAACUUUUCCGGCAAUGAGCAGCCCCGAGAGCCAGCAGCCGGAGGAUGAAGAUGCGGCGGCUGCGGCGGCGGCGGCGGCAGCGGCUGCUGCAGCGGCAGCCGCAGCGGCUGCGGCAGCGGCUGGAGCGCAACCCGCAGAGCCAAGCCUCCGUGACUUGCCCGAGCUGGAGCCGGCGGAGAUCGAAAAGAGGCUGGCAAAAACUCGCCAAGAGCUUCGCAACAGACGGAAAAUACUCAUUAAGAACCUCCCGCCCGACACAAGCAACCAGGAGGUCCACGAAAUCCUGAAAGAAUAUGAACUAAAGUACUGCUUUGUUGAUCGCAAUAAAGGCACAGCCUUUGUGACUUUGCUGAACGGGGACCAGGCUCAGGAUGCCAUCCGCUCCCUCCAUCACAGCACUGUCCGGGGACGCCUGAUCAAUGUCACCCUGCAGCCGACAGACUCCCUGCUGUGCCUCACCAACCUGCCCCACACCUUCACCGGCCAGCAGUUUGAGGAGCUGGUCCGUUCCUACGGAAACAUCGAGCGCUCCUUUCUGGUGUACAGCGACCUGACGGGCCACUCCAAAGGCUACGGAUUUGUCGAGUACAUGAAGAAAGACUCGGCUUCGCGGGCCCGUUCCGAGUUGCUGGGACGACCGCUGGGGGAUCGCUCACUGAUGGUGCAAUGGAUGGAUGUCAACCAGCUGACUCAGGAAGAGAACCUGCACUCCAAAUGUGUGUGUGUGGACCGACUGCCUCUGGACCUCUGUGACUCUGAGGAGAUGAGCCAAAUCUUCUCGGAAACAUACAAACCAGUCUUCUGCCAGCUCGCUCAGGAUGAAGGAAGUCCGGUGCGCGGCUUCGGUGUGGUGGAGUACGAGUGUGCCGAGCAAGCAGAGUCGGUGCUGAUUGAGAUGGACAGAAAAGUAGUGGGAAGACAGGAGGUCCGUCUGUCGCUCUGUGCACCCGGCACCUCAGGGAGAAGCACCCUGGCUGCGCUUAUCGCUGCCCAGGGUAUGAUUCUAAGUAACAGGAAAGGGCUGUUGCCGGAACCCAACCUGGCUCAGGUGUUGACCAGUAUGACAAACCCUGCAGCCUUACAGAUCCUCAUGAGACCUUAUCACACUGGCAAACGGGGAGGGAAGUAUGGGCGUCGCAUGAACCUGCCAUUUCUCAGGCCGCCGCUCACCACCGCUCUUCUGACACUUGGAAAAGCUCAACAGAGUGCCAUGUUUGGCAAUGGACUCCUUCUUCAGAACCUCCUGCACAUACAGCUUGCUCAACAGCAGCUUCUACACAUCAAAGACAAAUGCAUCAGCAGUGCCUCCAGCCUGCUGGGAGAUCCAGCCAGGUUGUUGGUGCAGAAAACUUUACCUCUGCGCACUCCAGGCCUCAUAGCAGUUGGGAAAGGCCUCCUGGGAGACUCCCCCUCAGAAUUUUGCAACGAGCCUGUGCCAGCGUCAAGCCACAACGCCGCAGUGGUGGUGUCGGCAACAGGUGCGAUGCCCUACUUCCAGCCCCGACCUGGCGGAGGAGAACAAAACAGCAGCCAGUCCAUCAGCGCUGCCCCUGCCGCCUGCUCCUCUUCCUCUAUCACGUCUUCUUCUUCCCCCUCCGGCUGUGGUGAUAGGCAGGCUGUCCCUUCAGGGAGCCUCAUGCAGGGACACAACUACUCUUUGGGAAGAAGUUACUCAGGCCAAAAUACAGCUACGCCCAAACCCCCAGGAGGAGUUUAUACAUCCGCCGGGCUUCACAACACUUCAGACGGCUCUCCACUCAGCAACAUGGUAAACAACGGUCAGAAUUCUCUGCUGGGAGAGCCCCCCAAAGAUGUCAGACUGCCUUCCAAUCCGUACUUGAAUCUAGCCAGUGUCAUGCCAGGGGUUGUUCUGCAAGGGUCACUGGGCACUAAAGCCCAGGGAGGGCAGCCUGCCUCGGCCAUGUACGGCAACUCGGCGGCGACGACCCCUGUUGUCUCGCAGGCUGGCGGCUCCUUCUGUCAGAAUGCAGCUGCUUCCGCCACAUCCUCGUACAACACUGACACUUCCUCUGACUACAGCCACUACAACCAGGCCUACACACAGGAGGCCAUGCAACAGUGGUACCAGCACUACCAAACAGCACAAGGCUACAAUUCGGCAACUCCACAGGUCAAUACAGCCGCUGAUUACUCCAAGGACCACACACAGGUUCCACCGGUUUCCUCGUACAGCGAUUACAAUUCCUACAUGCAGACGUUCACUCAGUAUUAUUCCCAGUCUACAGCUACUCAGGCCUAUGCCGGCAAGGAAAUGGAUGCGUGUAAGCCUCUAGGCGUGGCUCUUCAUGCCGUCAACAAUGGAGUGGCUUCUUCCCCUGCUGUCCUACCAACUGCUGCCAUGCUGCCACCUUACAGCACCCUGCCUCUGAUGCCCGCUUUCCUCGGUGCGCCGCACCCAAUGGCGGCCGCGCCAAAUGCUGUCACCCAUGCGCAAGCUGCCGCCAGCGACUGGAACGCCUACUAUUAUAAUCAGACGCGGGGCCACAAGAGGGAGUACCCCCAGUUGGCGGUGCAGGAAGUGACAUCAUCGGAUGGCGGCUACAUCGGGCAGCACUCUCAAGGCCUUGGGGGGCAGUAUGCUGAUUAUUUCAAGAGGAAGAGGCUCUAGACUAGAGUGAGCAGCCCAUCUUUCAAUCUGGGUCCUCACUUUCGUUGCCCAUCACAAACACUGUGGUCCUAUUCACGUCGACACAACUUCAAAUCUAUUCGUGUCAAACAAUCAACUCCAAAAGGUAAGUUGGGGAACUAAGUGUGCCUUCUUGUGCCGCGUGAUGACAUAUGCCGCCGCGCAAGCCACUUUAUCACGCACCAUCGGUAACCUGGAAACCCCAAUAAUUGCCUACAAAUGCUACAACAUGGUGGCAAAGCACUACUUUUGUCUAAAUACAACUUCAACAUCAAGAUUUGUAAUCAAAUAUGUCUUACCGCUUUGACCUGGGCAAUCCAAAAAGGUGAAUUUUUCAGCAAUGGAUGGAAUGUAACUUCCCCUAAACAUCUGCCAAAAGGGGAAUUUGUGGACGCCCAACUGCAACCGUGUGUUCAUGUAUGUGUGGAAGUGCUAACAAACGGCUCCAUAGCUGACCUAUAUUGUCACGACUCGUUUUCUUCUGUGUAGGUUGUCAUGGUUUCUGUCCGCCCGCGUCUGUGUGCUCGCCCCUCCCUUCCUGUGUCAACUCCCAAUCAAUGUACUAAUUACAGUCGCCUGCCUCUCGUUACCUGUCUUGUAUUUAAGUCGUGUCUGCGUGGCGCUCGCGUUCGGAUCGUUGAUGUCUUGAUGUCUCACGUCUUUGUCGGUCAGUUUGGUUUCUGUUAGCCAACCCUGUCUGUCUGUCGGUCGGUCGGUCGUUUUGUUCGGAAGUUCUGUUAGUUUGCCGGUCCUGUUGGUCUUGUUCCCGGCUUCAUCCUCCCUUCCAACUAGCUUUUCCCUCACUGGUCCAAGCUGCAUUUGGUCGCCCUGCUCAAUUCCGAUCCGUGACACGUAUCUGAUUUGAAACGGUUGGUUUCCAUUUCUUUUUUCAAAUCUGACCAGGGCUGUUAGCGCUUUGACAUCUUCUACUGCUGUGUUGCUCUUCAAUAUGUGAACAGCUGUUUGAUGUGCCUCUAUGCGUGUGUGUACUGUUCAUGCGUGUGCCUAAGCUGUAUCCAUAGGAAGUGUCAGCCAUUUUCUUCUCUCAACACUGGGAGAACAUCAGGAGAUAGGGCAUGGACCAAAAAAAAAAAAAAAAAAAAAGCCCCUUUGACAUGUAAGAGUUUCUCACCGUGGAGUGUGACCCGUACGUCGAGUGUAUUUAAGAUCCACAUUCAGUAUGUUUACCCGCUCUGUUGUGACUCGAGCACAAUGUACAAACUACAAAAACAUGUAAAUAUAUUGUUUUCCAAUCCACUAAGCUGUAUAUUUGUAACAUGCUUUUGUACUCCCUGCAAAAAAAAGUAUUUCUGCUUUUUUUCAUGGAAUUGUACAAAACCAAAAAAAAAAAAAAACUAUUGCUUUAUCCUGGUCUGUUUUUUGUUUUCUACUGGACUGGUAUUUUAAAGCUAGGUUGGGGAGGCCUUGACUCAUUUUUCCAUGAAAGUCAAGCCAUGUUAAACAAGGUCAAAGUUGACAAAGUUCAAAUGAUUUCAAGUCCGUGCGACUAUUCUUUUUCAAGCAGGGGCUACACUCCACUUUGUGUGUCACUUGUGAGGCCUGUUCCAGAUAUGUGUAUUGACUGCUACAGUAUAGCGUUUGCGUUUCCCAUUGGAUUUGUGGAAUAUUUAAUCCAAAUGUCAAUGAAUAUGUAAUCCAGCACGUUUGCUUUCAACCAUUGUGUGCGUAAUAAUGAUCAAAGAGGUAGAAAGCAUUGCAUUUGAAAAAGGAUCAAAUGUAGUCAAGUAGUACGUAGUUGUCGCUCUCUGUGUCAUGUUUGCUAGCGGUAAAUACAAUGUUGCUGCAAUAAGAGAGGCACGGUGGGGUUUUGUUGCUCACCUUUCAAUAACCUUCUUUUAUAGAAGCUCAUAAGAGCGUGAAUCUGAUUUCUUUCUGUCUGGCAAAUGUUUCUCUUCAUGUUCAACUUGAGUUGAUGAGGGCUUGCUGCUUUACUAUUGCUGCUUGCUAUGGCAAUAACGAUCUGCUGCAAAAUGUUGAAUGUAGUCCUAUUUAUUGCGUUAGUCAACAUUAUUAUAAUCUUAUAAAGGACUAGUCAUUUAAGAAGUGAUUUUAAUAUUGCCAAGUGGGAUCUUGUGUUCACACAAUUCUAUGUUUAUAGCAAUAUUAAUUUUGUCUUGCAUUUAUUCUUGCAAAAUUGUAACUUUAUAGCAGCGAUUCUGACCAUAUUUACUGAAUUUAAUGACUAUUCUUGUAAAAAAACAAAAAAUGUAAUAUACAUUUAGUUUUCUUUGUUUCAUGCAAUUAUUUCUAUUUGUUCUUUUCAGUGUUACCCUUCAAUAUACUCUUGCAAAUUUUUUUUUUUUUUUUUAAACCCGUGCUCUACCGUUGCGUAGAAUUGUAGUGCCGUACUCGCGGCGCCUUAGCACCACUGAAAAGCAAUAGCAGAUGAGAUUAACCUUUUUUUAGGGUCACUGGGCUAAAAGAAUAUGCUCUUCCAUGACACCAUUCUAUUAUUCUUAUUCUAUCAUGCUUAGUGUACUGUGGCCCAUGAAUAUACUUGCAAGCACGACAUCAUUCACUUCCAUGUUUAAGUACUGUAUUGGCCAUGCAUUUGUGUCAUGCAUGUGGGUGGACGACUGAUUGAGCCUGUCAACUGCUGAGUCAGGAGGCCGGAAUGUGCUGCCUCGACGCUGCUCGCCAGUCAUCUGUAAGUUAUUGCUCAGCCUUUUCUCUCUCUCUCAAUGUUUUGACUCGACUCUUGUAUGUUGUCAAUUGGCACAGGUGGGAAGCGAGCGGACAGCGACAGCUUUUGAUUAGGCCCGCCAUACAAUUUUAAACAAAUUCAAAUUAGUAUUAAGUGCUAUUGCUUUUCUAUUCAUUUUUUUAUGUCUGCAAUUGUACUGUAUUGUUUUGGUCGGUGUGUGGCAAAGGUACCAGUCUGCCUCCUGCCCUACAAAGUUACCUGUGUGAUAUUUACAAUACUUUAGAUGAAGGAUAGAAUGUCUGUGAUUCACGCUUUGUAAACAUAAGGCUUUUAUUUAUUUGGGAUCUGAUAGAGAUUUUGCUACAUUUUAUAUCUCUGUUUUACUGUGAAUGGAAUAUUUUCAGGAAAAUUUGCGAGGGUUACAUACAGGACAUACUAUAUAUAUAUACACACACACAGUGUAUAUCUUCAAGAUAUAGUUAUUACAUUGCAUUUGGAAAGACAAGACAGUGAUUUUAUUUAUUUUUCCAUUGUCUAACUAUGGAAGUUAUAACCACCAUGAGUGAAACUGUUUCUUUCAAGAGGAAUUGUCUUUUACAUUCCCUAAUUAAAAUGUGGACUCGAAUGUUUCCUUUUUCUUUGUCACAUUAAAAUGGUAAAAGCUUUGC